ACGAACGUUAAUAGUACUACGGCGACCACGGAGUUGUGCGUUGCUCCUCCGUUCAGUCGCUCUUGUCAGUCGUUGAUCCCAGCAAGAUAUCCCUUGCGCGAUACUUGGAUUUACUUCGAGCAGGUGAUGUCCACGACAGUGGCAACAACUGUAGAAAACAUGUUCAAAGUGAUCAAUACAGUGAAUAACUACCUGAACUCAGGCCCAGUGAUGGGCAUUCCGCAAGAAAAGGUCAAACAAGUGGCCAUGCCAAUCCGUGACCAUUACAUUCAUCACCACCACCACCACCACCAUCACCAUCACCACUACUCCUCGCAGCUGCCCUUCGAUCGUCAGUACACCGUGGACGGUGUGUUGGGUGAAGGAGGCUUCGGCAGAGUCUAUUCUGGCGUCAGGGUGAAGGACAACCUUCCAGUCGCCAUCAAACAAGUGGCCAAGAAUAAAGUGGCUUCAUGGGGAAAGAUUAAGGGUGAGAAAGUUCCUCUCGAGAUCUGCCUGCUCAGUAAGGCGGCUCACAUCCCUGGCGUGAUCAAGCUCAUCGCCUAUUUCGAACUCGCUGAUUGCUUCAUCAUCGUAAUGGAGCGUCCUGAGGCAGUGAAGGACCUGUUUGAUUACAUCACCGAGCGGAAGGCCGUCCCGGAGCCCGAGGCGCGCUACCUCUUCCGCCAGGUGGUGGACAUCGUGCGUCAGUGUCACGCUGCAGGGGUCAUCCACAGAGACAUCAAGGACGAGAAUCUCCUUAUCACCACAGAUAGACAAGGGAGGAAGGUCCUGAAGCUCAUUGACUUUGGCUCUGGAGCUUUCCUCAAGGAUCACAUCUACACAGACUUUGAUGGAGGUACCAAGGUGUACGCUCCACCUGAGUGGCUCCAGCACAACCAGUACCUCGCUGGGCCCGCCACCGUAUGGUCCCUUGGCAUUCUCCUUUAUGACAUGGUCUGCGGCGACAUUCCCUUCGCACAGGACUUCCAGAUCCUGGCCGCCAGAGUAACGUUUAGAAUUCCCAUCUCUGAGGACUGCAUGGACCUCAUCCGCCUGUGCCUGAGCCACCAGCCUGAGGACAGGCCAUCCCUUGAGCAGAUCCUACAACACCCGUGGUUAAUGGGCCCCAAGGACUCCGGUGCUGGACUCAUCGGAUGCAUGGGCGGCUCACUAGGACCCCACAUGGACCUCCUAUCUGACUCUCACCUUGAUAGCGACGCCUCCUCCUUGGACAAGCACUCCACGGGCAGCGACGCCUCUCGGGAGUCAGAGUCAGAGUUUUGACGGCCGGGAGGAGGGUAGUGUGCUGAUGUCCUCGUCAGUCCCCCAACCUCUUCUUAGUUGUAUCUCCCGCCCAAAAGGCGCUGGUCGCCAUACCUCGCAGCUCCGCCCCGGGCCCCGUCUCCCAGGUGUCGGGGCGGCGCCCUCAGGCUUGUCCUGAACGGUGCUACCCCCCUCCCUCCAACCCCCUUCUCCCCGGUGCCUAGUGCACGCUAAUCUCACCAAAGCCUCAAAUACAUUGCCUGCCUCUGGUCUGGCCAAUGUCAUUCUAUUUUCUCUAAGAGAAGUUGUAAGUAAUGUAAUUUAAAGUUAUAUUUAUAUUAAGUUAUAUUGUACAUAUUGUAUGCAAUUAAGAUUUGCCUGACUUGUCAGGUAUUGAUGCCAUCAAUGCAACCCAAUUUUUUGUAUUAAAUGUUUAUACAAGAAUAUUUUUUGUAAAAAAGGAAAAAAUAGCGCAAAUAAAAUUCAUGAACUUUAAAAA